AUGGCUGACAAUCGUGGUCAUGGUGGUGGAAGAGGCCGCGGAGGUGGCUUUGGCUUUCGGGGCGGCCAAGGUGGAGCUCCUUUCCAGGGUCGUGGCGGCGGCCAGCAAGGCGGUGGUCGCGGCGGGUCUCAAGGCGGCGGUUACCGAGGAGGCGGCCAGCAGGGUGGUGGUCGCGGAGGCGGUUACCAAGGCGGAGGUCAUCAAGGUGGUGGCCGAGGACGCCGCGGCGGCGAAUUCCGCGGCGGCGGAUCCAGGGGUGGUCGUGGGGGAAACUCUGGUGCUGAUGUUUUCAGCGCCAGCCAGGGGCCAGUGGUGGCUGAUAAGACAAUCGAAGAGCUUGAGAACCGCUGGAUCGAGCAGCACGGCAUUCCGGUCACCAAGACCUCGGCGGGUCAGCUUGAAUCCAAGAUGGCCAGCCUUUCCAUCAAGGAUGCGGUCCUCCCUUUCCGGCCCAGGUUUGGCGAAUUGGGCAAGCCGGUCACACUUUGGGCCAACUAUUUCAGGUUGAGACCCGCCGUCAAUUCCCUCUGGAGGUACGACCUCAAAGUCACUUCCAAGAGAGUGACUGAAGAACAAGCCGCCGCUGCCAAGGAAAAGCAUAAAUGGAAAGGCAAGCCGCAUCAGCCGCAGUCGGGUGACGGGCAACAGGAGGAGGUCAAGGAGCCCAAAGGCAAGAAGCUGGAAAAGCUCAUCAAGCUUGCCCUGACCCGGCUGAAUAAUGCGGUCUGUGCGACCGAAUACAAACAGCAGCUGAUCACGCUGGAGAAGCUCCAGCUCCCGGAGGGAAACAUCAUACAGCUCGACCUCGUUGAGCCCGGUCGCAAAGGCGAGACAUGGUUUGUCCGCUUUGUCGGGCCGAAAUCCAUCGACAUCGGGGGCUUGAUGACCUACUUGCAGACCCUGGACGAGACAGGCCACGAGACCGUGUUUCCUAAGUUUCCCGACGAGGUCGACGCACUCGGCAUCGUCCUGGGCCAUACUCCAAGGUCGAACCCCAACACUGCUGCCGUUGGGCGCAGUCGCUUCUUUGCCAUUGAUGACAACAGGAAGGACGGUGUAAGUCCCUAUAGAAGUCUCUUGGAGAUCCUGCGUGGCUAUGUCCAGAGCGUCCGGCCAGCGACUGGCCGGCUACUGUUAAACGCCAAUGUCACCCACGGUAUUUUUCGUCAACACGGCUCGCUGGCCGCACUUUUCGAAGAAUUCGGGCUCGUGACCCUCAACCAGCCCGAGACGCUCACUGUUGAGCAUCGACAAACUCUCGAGAAACUCCAUAAGUUUCUCAGCAAAGCCCGUAUUCGCUGCAAGGUCCCGGGUGAGGAAGUCGAGAUUGAGCGGACGAUGGCCGGUUUAGCUACGACUAGGGACGGCACAGGAGACAAUCCCAGGCCACAGUUCCAGCAUCCAAACUUCCGUUUUACUUCUCCGGCCACGGUUGAGUUCCAUCUCCGCCCACCGAGCACUCCGGGCGCGACGCCACCCCCUGGCCAUACUUUCGGGAACAUGGUUGUUGUCUCUGAUUACUACAGAGCCCGAUACGGCAUCAAUCCAAGGAUUGGCCUUCCCUUGAUCAACGUUGGGACCACAGCGAGACCCAUUUUCGUCUUGGCCGAGCACUGCACGCUGGUUCGAGGGCAAUCGGUUAAAGCAAAACCUUCACCCUCGGAGGCGGACGCGAUGAUCAAGUUUGCCUGUCGCCCGCCGCCUGCAAAUGCCGAAUCAAUCACGACUUCAGCCAGACAGCUGCUCGAGCUGGACAGCAACAAGUUGCUUAGUGAAUUCGGUAUCACGGUCGACAAGGACCUCAUUGCAGUCAAGGGCCGCGAACUUGCACCGCCGACCGUCUUGUACAGGAACCUGGUACCAGUCAAACCAGAGAAUGGGGCCUGGUUGAUGAUGAAAGUCAAGGUCGCAAGGGCCGGGUCGCCCAUCAAGAACUGGAAGGUCCUGGUGAUCGGGAGAGCGACGUUGACUGCGAUCACACCCCAUGUUGAGAAGUUCGCCAAUUUCUUGAACAACAACAUGGGCUUCCCGAUCAAUGCACCGACCAGCCUCCACCACUGUCAAGGCGAGACUGAACAGGACCUGCGGAACGCUUUCCAGGCUAUUUCGAAGCCGAAGCAGGGGCCGCCGCCGCAACUUGUUCUGGUAGUCCUUCCGAGAAAGGAUACACUUAUUUACAAUACCGUGAAGAAGCUGGCAGACGUUGACUUCGGCCUCCAAACUGUCUGUGUCCAGCAAGCAAUGCUGCUGCAGGAGAGGGGGCAGGCCGGCUACUUUGCCAAUGUUGGCCUCAAGGUGAACUUGAAGUUUGGCGGCGCCAAUCACAGCGUCGAGGAUGGCACCGGGCUCACCAAGAACACCAUGUUUGUUGGCUAUGACGUUACGCAUCCCACCAACCUUCCUGCCGGAGCUGGCGAGAAUGCGCCCAGCUUGAUCGGCCUAGUCUCGAGCCGUGACAGAGAGCUGGCUCAGUGGCCGGCCGUUACAUGGGAGACCAGAGGCCGGGUUGAAAAUGUCGGAAAAGGGGAUGACAAGGGCCAAAAGUUUGUCGGGCACUUCAAGGACCGCAUCAGGCUAUGGCAGGAUCACACUAAGCAGCUCCCGGAGAAUAUCGUCAUCUUUCGCGAUGGUGUCUCGGAAGGACAGUUCAGGAUGGUCCUCGAUGAUGAGCUGCCACACAUCCGCGAGGCGUGCCGGCAGACAUACGCAGGAAAGAAGCAGCCGCGGCUCUCUCUGAUUGUCUCUGUUAAGAGGCAUCAGACUCGCUUUUAUCCCACCGACCCGAACCACAUCCACCCCCGGUCCAAGAGCCCCAAGGAGGGGACCAUCGUUGACCGCGGUGUGACCAACGUUCGUUACUGGGACUUCUUUCUGCAGGCGCAUGCGUCACUCCAAGGUACCGCCCGUCCGGCUCAUUACACGGUUCUUCUUGACGAAAUUUUCCGAAGCGAGUUUGGCCAUAAGGCCGCCGACAUGCUCGAGAAGCUGACACAUGAGAUGUGCUACGCCUACGGCCGGGCUACCAAGGCCGUUAGCAUCUGUCCGCCGGCCUACUACGCGGACCUGGUUGCCGGGCGGGCGAGGAUUCACAAGAGCGAGCUGUUCGACGACACUCGGUCCAUGUCGUCGACGCAGCAGGCUCAGGUCUUGGGCCGGACGGUGCACCCCAAUCUCAGGAACACCAUGUACUAUAUCUGA